UCACCGCAGCCCCUGGAAAGGCGCAGUAGGAACAACAACAGCAGCAGGGACACCUGCUGCUGCUGCUGCAGCUCCUGCUGCUGCUGCUGCAUCACCUGCUGCUGCAGCACCUGCUGCUGCUGCUGCUGCGGCACAUAACGUUCUAACUUGUGCAAAUAAGGAGUUUCAGAAAGCUGUGUGGUAUUUGCUGCAGAAGCAGCAGCAGCAGCAGCAGCAGGAGACGGACUUGCUGCACUCACUGCUGCAGCUGCUGCUCUCAGCAGCACGAAAAGAAUAUGAGGAGACAGUCUCUGAAUUUGCUGCCAUCUCUCCGCUGCGUGUAAAGGCUCUGGUGGCUGCUGCUGCUGCUGCUGCCCCUGCUGCUGCUGCUGCAGCAGAAGAAAAGCAGUUGCGGCCUUUCUGCGUGCUGCAGCUGCUGCUGCAGUCCCUUGCAGCAGCAGCAGAAGACGGCGCUGCUGCAGCAGUUGCUGCUUCUGUGUCUCCUGCUGCUGACGCACUGUGCGUCGCUGCUGCGGCCAACUUCGGGUCGGUUUUUGCUGCUGCUGCUGCUGCUGCUGCUGCUGCUGCUGCUAGCUCGAAACCUGAGGCGGCCCCAGUUUGUGAAAGGAAUGAAAGAGACACGCAGUUGCUGCUGCAGCAAGCCGCCGAAUUCACUGCAGCAGCAAAUGCACAAACUGCAGCAGCAGCAGAAGCUCCGAAGGCUCAAGAGGCUUGUGCUGCACUGACAAGAGUUGCUGCUGCUCUGGCAGCUGCUGCCGCCGAGUCGCUGCAGCAGCAGCAGCUGGCGCUGCAAGACCAGCAGCAGCAGCAGCAGCAGUUCAAGCAGCAGAUGCAAGAGCUGCAGCAGUUGCUGCAGCAGCAAAGAAGACUAUUUUUCACCGCAGCAAAAGGUUUCUUAGGCUCGCGCCAACAGCAUCAGGUGCAGCAGCAGCAGCAGCAGCAGCAGCAGCAGCAGCACGAGCAGCAGCAGCAACUGAUGCAGCUGCUGUUCCUCAGCGAUUCUCUGUGCGCUUUGGCUGUAGUUGCAUUUGCUGGGGGGGCCCCACAGCCUGGGGAGGAAGCAGAAGAGCUGCUGCAGCAGCUGCUGCUGCAGCACCUGUCUGCUGCUGCUCCUUUGCUGCUCUCUGAGGCCUGCUGCUGCUUUCCUCCCGUGUCUUUCGCGCUGCGGCUCGCGGCGCUGCUGCUGCACAAGCAGAAGCAGCAGCAGCAGCAGCAGCAGCAAACAAAGCGGCUUGUUGCUGUUCUGGUGCAUGCAGCCCUUGCUGUGGACAGCUUUCUGCUGCGGCAGCAGCAGCCCCCGCAGCAGCAGCAGCAGCAGCAGCAGCAGCAGAAACAAGACGCUCGCGUGCAUGCGUACUGCAGCAGUUUGCUUUCGAGCUUAUCGCAUGCACUGCAGCAGCUCGAGCUGAGCGAUGCUGCUGCUGCUGCUGCUGCUGCUCCUCUCUUGAGCACUCACUAUUUGCUGCUGCAGCCCCACGUCUUAGCUGCUCUGAAUACUUUCCCCUGGGGCUUACGGCAGCUUUCAUCUCCCUUUUUGCUGCUGACUACUCCUGCUGCUGCUGCAGCAGCAGCAACAACAGCAGCAGCAGCAGCACCGUGUCAGUUCGAGAGUCUGCAGCAGAGUCGCGCCGCAGCUUUGAGUGCAGCAGCAGCGGCAGCAGCAGCAGCAGCGGGCGCCGGCGUUGCUGAGAAGAAACUCGCGCAGCAGCAGCAACAGCAGCAGCAGCAGCAGCAGCAGCAGCAGCAGAGCGAUGAGGAGAGACGGCAGCUGCUGGAGAGGUUUUUGAGAGCAGCAGAAGGGGAGGAAGAAGCAGAAGAGACAGAAGAAGCAGCAGAAGCAACAGAGCACCGCAACCGGCUGCAGCUCGAGCUGCAGCUGCAGCUGCAGCAGCAGCAGCAGCAGCAGCAGCAGGAAGAGGAGGAAGGGGAACUCUCUGACUCUGCAGGAGACUGCAGCAGCUCAGAAGCCUCUUUUGCUGCUGAGGAAGACCAAGAAAGCGCAGCAGCAGCAGCAGCAGCAGCAGCAGCAGCAGCAGCAGCAGCAGAGGAGCUAAACGAGCAGCAGAAGGACAGCAGAUAUCCAGAGAUGGUGGUGCGGGGGCAGCAGCAGCUGCAGCAGCUGCUGCAGCAGCUCUUCGCCCCCAGUUUUGCUGCUCUCCUGAUGGAGACUCACCUUGUUGCUGCUCGCCUGAUGGCGCUGCACAUGCAGCCGCAGGAAGACGCAGCAGCGCCCAGCAGCAGCAGCAGCAGCAGCAGCAGCAGCAGCAGCAGCAGCAGCGAGGAGUGGGAGCUGCAGCGGGAGGCUGCGCUCUGCAUGCGCGGCUGGCUGCUGGCCCUGGGAGCAACUGCUGCUGCUGCUGCAGCAGAGCAGCAAAUUGCCAGCGGAGACUCUCAGCCUUUUGAGCUGCAGCUGCUGCAUGCAGCACUGGAGACUCGCCCUGCAGCAGCAGCAGCAGCAGCGGCAGCGCUGCAGCAGCGGCAGCGGCGGCACCAGCAGCAAACCGGCGGCGCCCAGCCCGAGCCGGCCCGCAUGCAGCUGCCAGACGGGGAAUCCGCAGCAGCAGCAGCAGCAGCAGCAGCAGCUGCUGCUGCUGCUGCUGCUGCUGAGUGCAGCUGCGAUAGCUGCUUGCUGCUGUCAAGCCUGCAGGCCUUGUCUUUGGGGGAGGCCCUUGUGCAGCUGCUGUUUCAUAUAUUGACUUACUACGAGCCCCCAGCAGCAGCAGUAGCUGCUGCUGUUGCUGCUGCAGCUGCCGAGCAGCAGCAGCAGCAGCAGCAGCAGCAGCAGCAGGCGCUCUUCAAGGAAAGCAGCAGCACAGCGUGGUACUCAAACCCGUGGGACUGCUGCCCUCCGCCAGCUGCUUUUUUCCCCCCGGUUCCAGAUGCAGCAGCAGCAGCAGCAGCAGCAGCAGCAGCAGGGUCUGCUGCUGCUCCUGCUGCUGCUACGGGCUGCAGCAAACUGAUGGAGCAGUUUCCCAUUUUGAACAGCAAAUGGAAAAGCCUUGGAAGCACUUUUGUGUGGCUGAUGGCAGCAAGACUCUAUUCUUUGCUGCUGCUUUCAGUACCCCGUGAGCAGCAGCAGCAGCAGCAGCAGCAGCAGCAGCAGCAGCAGCAGCAGCAGCAGCAGCAGCAGCAGCAGCAGCUAUUUUCUUUAGAUUCUUUUAUCUCCAAUUCUUUGUCUCUUCUUUCAUCUCCUUUUUAUCUGCUGCAGUUGUGCCUGCUUCUUCCUGACGCUGCUGCUGCUGCUGCUGCUGCUGCUGCUGCUGCUGUUGCUGCUGCUGCAGUUUGCGUCAGCCGUGUUUGGAGCCGCUGUGGAGAUGUCAGGGCUCGGCAGCAGCUGGAGUCCUUCACAGAGCGCCUCAUCACUCCUUGGUACGUCCUUUUUGUUGCUGCAGCAGCAGCAGCUGCAGCAGCAGCAGCUGCAGCAGCAGCAGCAGCAGCUGCAGCAGCUGCAGCAGCUGCAGCAGCUCUAAAAUUGGAGCUGUGA